GAGAGGCGCGCCCGGGACCCUGUGUCCGGACCCCGGCUCGGCGCGGCGCCCCCAGACCCGGACUCGGAGCCGCGGGCGCCGGAGAUGAGCGCCGGCGACUCCUCCCUUAUGGCCGGGAUCGUUUACUACAGCCGGGAGCAGUACUUCCGCCACGUGCAGCAGGCUGCGGCCCUGGGCCUGGACAAGUUCGGCCAUGACCCUGUACUGCAGUUCUUUAAAACCUACGGGAUCCUCAGAGAGGAGCGCAUCCAGGACGCCAUCAGCCACCUGGAGAGCAUCCGGAACCACCCAGACGUGUCCCUGUGCUCCGUCUUGGCCCUCAUUUAUGCUCACAAGCGCUGCGAGACCGUCGACCAAGAAGCCGUCCGGGAGCUGGAGAGCAGCCUGAAGGAGAUGCGCAAGGCGGCCGGCGGGCCGGCCCUGUACUACGCCGGCCUCUUCCUCUGGCUCGUGGGCCGCCACGACAAGGCCAAGGAGUACGUGGACCGCGCGCUGCAGGUCUGCGGCAGCCUCCGGGAGGGCUACGUGCUCAGAGGCUGGGUGGACCUCACCUCAGACCAGCCCCACGCGGUGAAGAAAUCCAUCAAGUACCUGGAACAAGGCACGCAGGACACCAGAGAUGUGCUGGGGCUCAUGGGAAAGGCGACCUACUUCAUGACGCAGCAGAACUACGUGGGGGCCCUGGAGGUGGUGAACCAGAUCGCCGGCCCCUCGGGCAGCUUCCUGCCCGCGCUGGUCCUGAAGAUGCGGCUCUUCCUGGCCCAGCAGGACUGGGAGCAGGCGGUAGAGACCGGGCACAGAAUCCUGGAGAGAGACGAGAGCAAUAUUGACGCCUGCCAAAUCCUAGCUGUGCAUCAACUUGCAAGAGAAGGAAACAUGACCAUAGUAAGUUCUUUUCAAGACUCAGAAGCUGCGGGCCAUGUCCGGAAUCUGAUUCAGGCACUGGAGACCAGAGAGCCCCAAAACCCAAGCCUCCACCUUAAAAAAAUUCUUGUGGUUAGCAGGCUGUGUGGAAGGCACCAGGCCAUCCUGCGGCUCGUGUGCGGCUUCAUUGAGCGCACGUUCAUGGCGACAGCUUCCUAUGCCCACGCGGCCACAGAGCUGGGCUACAUCUUCGUCCUGCGGGACCAAGUGACGGAGGCGUCCCUGUGGUACUCGGAGGCCAUGAAGUUGGACGAGAACAGCGUGGCUGCCUUGACAGGGAUCAUCUGGUGCCAGAUCUUGGAAGGCCACCUGGAGGAGGCCGAGCAGCAGCUGGAAUUCCUGAAGGAGGUGCAGCAGUCCCUCGGGAAGUCUGAGGUGCUGGUCUUCCUCCAGGCCCUUCUGGCGUCCAGGACGCGCCCGGGGGAGCAGGAAGCCGCCGCGCUCCUGAAGGAGGCUACGGAGCUGCACUGCUCCAGCCUGCAGGGCCUGCCCCUGGGCCCCGAGUACUUCCAAAGGCUGGACCCCCCCUUCCUGGUCUGCGUCGCCAGGGAGUACUUGUUCUUCUGCCCCAAGCAGCCGCGGUCGCCGGGCCAGAUCGUGUCUCCACUUCUUAAACAAGUCGCCAUGAUCCUGAAUCCCGUGGUCAAAGUGGCGCCGGCUCUGAUCGAGCCCCUGUAUGUGAUGGCCCAGGUGAAGUACCUCUCAGGAGAGCUAGAGGGCGCCCAGAGCACCCUGCAGCGUUGCCUGGAGCUGGACCCCACCUCCGUGGACGCCCACCUCCUCAUGUCCCACGUCUACCUGGCGCAGGGCAAUUUUGCCAUGUGCACCCACAGCUUGGAGCUGGGUGUCAGCCAUAACUUCCAGGUCCGAGACCACCCCCUCUACCACUUCAUCAAGGCCAGGGCCCUCAGCAAGUGCGGGGACUAUCCAGAAGCCAUAAAGACGCUGAAAAUGAUCGUGAAAUUGCCAGCUCGCAAGGUGGAAGAGGGCAGGAAGCCGCGCGGGCGCUCCGUGCAGCCCAGCGAGCGGCUGUCCAUCUUACUGGAACUGGCAGAUGCCCUCCGGAAGAACGGGGAGCUGCAUGAGGCCACCAAGGUCAUGCAGGAUGCCAUCAACGAGUUCAGCGGCACGCCAGAGGAGGUCCGCAUCACCAUCGCCAAUGUGGACCUGGCCCUGAACAACGGGGACGUGGACAUGGCGCUGGGCAUGCUGAGGAGCAUCACGCCCAAGCAGCCCUGCUACGUGGAAGCCAAGGAGAAGAUGGCCAACAUCUACCUGCAGGCCCACAAAGACAUCCGCCUCUACAUCGGCUGCUACCGGGAGCUCUGUGAGCAUCUGCCUGGCCCCCACACCAGCCUGCUGCUGGGUGAUGCUUUCAUGAACAUUCAGGAGCCCGAGAAGGCCCUGGAGGCAUAUGACGAGGCCUAUAGGAAGAACCCACAUGACGCGUUCCUGGUCAGCAGGCUCGGCCAGGCCUAUGUGAAGACCCACCAGUACAGCAAGGCAAUCAAUUAUUACGAGGCCGCCCAGAAGAUGAACGGACAGGACUUUCUGUGCUGCGAUCUGGCCGAACUGCUCCUGAAGUUAAAGAAGUUCAACAAAGCAGAAAAAGUCUUGAAACACGCCUUGGAACAUGACUUUGUCAAAGACCUCCCCUCCAUGAUGAACAACGUCAAGUGCUUGCUUUUGCUGGCGAAGGUUUACAAGAGUCAUAAAAAAGAAGACGUGAUGGGACCUUUGAACAAGGCCAUGGAGCUCCAGGCCCAGGUCCUGAAGCGCGUUGCACUGGAGCAGCCGGAGAGGACGCCCUCCCAGAAGCAGCUGGCGGCCUCCAUCUGCGUCCAGUGUGGGGAGCACUACCUGGCAGAGAAGGAGCUCGCCAAGGCAGGCCGGUGUUAUAAGGACGCCCUCUCGUACUCGCCCGGCGACAGCAAGGUGCUGCUGGAGCUGGCGGGCCUCCACCUGCUGCAGGGCCACCUGGACUUGUGCGAGCAGCAGUGUGCCACCCUCCUGCAGACGGAGAAGAGCCGCGAGAGGGCCUCCGUGAUGAUGGCCGACCUGAUGUUUCGAAAACAGAAACACGAAGCCGCCAUCACUCUCUACCACCAAGUCCUGGAGAAAGCGCCAGAUAAUUUUUUGGUAUGGAAUAAACUCAUCGAUCUGCUACGGAGGAGUGGCAGACUGGACGAUGCCCCUGCCUUCUUUGAAUUGGUCAAGAGGAUGCCCAGCCAUGUUCCUUUGGAGCCUGGUUUCAACUACUGCAGAGGCAUGUACUGCUGGCACAUAGGGCAACCCAACGAAGCACUGAGGUUCCUGAACAAGGCCCGCAAGGACAGCACUUGGGGCCAGAGAGCCACCUACUACAUGGUGCAGAUCUGUCUGAACCCAGACAACGAGGUCGUGGGCGGAGAGGUUUUCAAGACCCUGGUGGCUGAGAGCAAGAAGGCCCCGGAGCAGCACGCGGUGCGCACCGCCGAGCAGCUGCUGCGGGACUUCUGCGCGCCCUCGGCCCGGGCCCAGGCCCAGCUGCGGCUGCUGCGGAGCCUGUGCCUGCUGGCCACGCGGGAGAAGGCCAACGUGGAGGCGGCGCUGGGCACCUUCGUCGAGAUGGCACAGGCCGAGAAGGACAGCGUCCCCGCCCUGCUGGCCAUGGCGCAGGCCUACGCGCUGCUGCAGCAGGUCCCCAAGGCGCGCACGCAGCUGAAGCGUCUGGCCAAGGCGCCCUGGACGCCGGACGAGGCCGAGGACCUGGAGAAGGGCUGGCUCCUGCUGGCCGACAUUUACUGCCGGGGCAGCAAGUUCGACCUGGCCUCAGAGCUGCUGCGGCGCUGCGUGCAGUGCAACAAGUCCUGCGCCAGGGCCUACGAGUACAUGGGCUUCAUCAUGGAGAAGGAGCAGUCCUACAAAGACGCGGCCGCCAAUUACGAGCUGGCCUGGAAGUACAGCCAUCAGGCCAACCCCGCCAUCGGCUUCAAGCUCGCUUUCAACUACCUGAAGGAUAAGAGAUUUGUGGAGGCCAUCGAAGUCUGUCACAACGUCCUCAGAGAGCAUCCGAACUACCCCCAAAUCAGAGAAGAGAUUUUGGAAAAGGCCCAAGGGUCUCUGAGGCCCUAGCUCUGGUCAGUGGCAGCCGGGCCGGGGCCCCCACACGCUCCCCAGGGCUUGGGAAGCGGGUCCAGGCAGAAGAGGUUUGGAAAAUGAGGAUUCUUCCCCGCGUCUGUGUCAUGUGUGGCUUCUGCGGAUCCCGGCUCAUCUGGUGGGACGGCGUCCCAAAGCUUUGUGUUUCAGGCACAAGAAGCAAUUUUGCUCAGAGGGAAGAGGGUAUGGAGCAGCCUAGCUUAUGCUGGGCCCACGGGCGCCUUCUGUGGGGCCCCAUUUUUAUUCCAGACUCUGUGAGGGAACAAAGAGGUGAUAUUUUUAAAAUCCCCGCAGCAACUUUAAUGUCGCAGGGCCUCCCCUCUAGUCUGGUCCCCAGAGUCCCUGAGCCCAAGGAGGGACUGCUCAUUCCUUCUGCGCUGCCCGCAUGCCCUCCCGGCCGCGCACAGACAGGAGGGCGGCUCAGAAGGUCCCAGAGCGGAGGCCCUCACCCUGCAGGCUGUGAGGCUCAUUGGCGCCCUCGGCCAUACGCUGUCUCCUCCCCGAGUCUCCAGCCGACCUCUGCUGGUCCUCACCGGCUUGGGACAAACUGGAUCCCCCACGCCUGGGACAGGGGAAUACCCAAGAAAAAAGCAGCUCCCACUUAAGAUUUGGUAAAAGACACUGACCAACGAAUGUGCCCUCCAGAAACCCUCUUACCACCUCUGGGGACAAGAGCAGUGGCCCCUGGUUAGGCAACUUGUACUACUUGUACCUGGCAGGAAGGUGACAGCGGUCACCUUUGCUGGAGCUCGAGACUCCUCUCUUCUUGUUUCUCAUAAUGGUAAGAACGGGCCAGUGUGGCCCCCGAGGAAGCACCCCUGACU